AUGAUAGCCAAAUCUCUAUUUUGUUCGGUUCUGUUGCUUCAAACCACUCUAACUGUAAAAGGUGAGUGAAAAAAUGAAAGAAAUGCUUGGUUACUUAAAGAAGGUACUAUCCUAUACUAAACUUCAGUAUAUUGCGUUGAUUUUUCUUAUAAGGGUCGAUAACGCUGGCAAAACUUAAUAUCGCGUUAUCCCGUAAGACAAGAAAGUUUGCUCCACCUUCCCUCAAAAACCCACCCACUGGAGUACCCAAAUCUUAAUGCAUGCGGGGGGUAACCUUUCAAAUGGAGUAUUAUCAUCCCCAGGGGGAGUGGCGAAUGUAGCAAAUUCUAUUGUUUUAUGAUACUCACUCAAAUGGAACUUGCUUUGGCUCUAUUGGCCUCACUGGCCUGAAGCACGCUUGUUUCGUUAACUUUAACUAGCUAACAGUAGUUUUACAAGCAUAAUAACUCCACUUGGGAUGGUUCUAGCAAGCCCCAUGCAAAAGGCAUAUCGCAAAAGCGCGUCCACCUUAUAAAUUAAAACAUUUUUGCGGAUUUAUUUGCAGCAUAGUCUUCGCAUUUACCGGCUUGAAUUUUCUGCAGCUUUUGAGCUUAAAAACGAAAUAUUUUCCAACAGGAAAAGCCGUCAGCUAUACGCAAAUCAGUGCUUCAAGUGAAUCCAUCCUUAAUGCUACGUUCAUGAAAAAAAAAAAUGAAGUAAAAGUGAAUGAUUUCCGACGAAAACUGAACGAAUUAUUUCUGUAUAUAGGUUGCUCAAACUGCGAGUGUGAUGAAGGAGGAGCUCUUUCGUCCUGUCAGGUGCCUCAAUGUAAACCUAAUCAUGACCUCCUCAUAGAAGAAACCAGCUGA